ACACGUGCUAUUUCUCGCACGAGAAAAUUGGCAACACGAGUGCGCAAACGCGUUGCAUUUGCUCUCUCCCUCUCUCUGGACAGUGUCCAAACCAGUAAUGGUGAACGCAAGCUUCGAUCUUCGUUCUCUCUCUAAAUUUUGAAAGAAGCCCAGAAAAUAGAGAGUUUUUUUUACUUCUCUCUGCACAAUGAUGGCUCCCAAGGACACUGACAUCUCGGAUAUAGAAGACGAUGACUUGGAAGAAGAACCAGGAGAAGAGAUAGAAUCUGCACCUCCAUUGGAAGCAUGCGAAGAGAGGGAAAUAAACCGCAUGGGAUUAAAGAAGAAGCUCAUCAAGUCUGGUUCUGGUUAUGAGACCCCAGCAUACAAUGACGAGGUUAUAGUUCAUUAUGUCGGUGCCUUAGUCGAUGGAACCCAGUUUGUUUCAAGCAGAGAUGGGGGAGAGCCUUCCACCAUUAAGAUUGGUCAUGGCCAAGUUGUUGCGGGAUUGGAGUGCGGGAUCAUUACAAUGAGGAGGGGAGAAACUGCAUUGUUCACAGUGCCCCCUAAUAUGGCAUAUGGAGCAAGUGGGGCUCCUGGUGUUCCCCCUGAUUUUGAGGUUCGAUUUGAGGUUGAACUCAUUUCUUGGUUUUCUGUUAUUGAUGUUAGGAAGGAUGGGGGUGUUAUGAAAAAGAUUUUGUCUAAGGGAACUGGAAAUGAUACCCCUGGUGAUUUGGAUGAAGUUACAGUUAAAUACGAAGUAAUGCUCGUCGAUGGACAGGUGGUUGCGAAAACUCCUGAAGAAGGACUGGAAUUUUGUGUCAAAGAUGGUCAUCUUUGUCCUGCACUACCAAGGGUUGUGAAGACAAUGAGAAGGGGAGAGAAGGCCAUGGUAACAGUUGAACCUCGAUAUGCCUUCAAGGAACAGGGAAGAAGUGCUGAAAAUGGAUUUUCUGCUAUCCCCCCCAAUGCAACUUUAAGCAUUGAUCUUGAGCUAAUAUCUUUCAAGUCGGUAGUUGAUGUUUUAGGUUAUAUGAGUGUCUUGAAAAAGAUAUUGAAGGAAGGUGAUGGCCCAUCUGCAAAUGAAGGAGCAGUCGCAAGGGUUAGGUUUUCUGGUUUGCUUGAAGAUGGAACACUUUUUGAGAAGAAGGGCUUUGAUGGCGACGAUCUUUUUGAGUUUGUGAUUGAUGAAGAACAAGUAAUUUAUGGACUAGAUCGGGCUGCGGCAACAAUGAAGAAGGGUGAAAUAUCCAUCGUGACUAUAAAACCAGAAUAUGGAUUUGGAAAUAUUGAAGCUGAACGGGAUCUUGCCAUAGUGCCUGCAUUCUCCACUGUGGUUUAUGAACUUGAGAUGGUGGACUUCACUAAGGAAGAGGAAUCCUGGGAGAUGGAUACUCAUGAGAGAAUUAAGGCUGCAGAGACGAAGAAAGAAGAAGGCAAUGUUCUAUAUAAGAUCGGGAAGUACACGCGAGCUGCAAAAAAAUAUGAUAAGGCAAUGGAUUAUGUAAGAGAAGAUGACUCCUUUGAAGACAAUCAGAUGAAGCUAGUCAAAGCUUUGAAGGUGUCUUGUUGGCUGAAUAAUGGUGCUUGUAGCCUUAAACUAGAUGAGUAUAAGGGAGCUAUCAACUUAUGUUCAAAGGUACUUAAUGUUGAGUCCCAAAAUGUGAAGGCCCUGUAUAGACGAGCACAAGCAUAUAUGGGAACAUCUGAUUUGGAUCUAGCUGAGUUGGAUCUCAAAAAGGCCCUCGAGGUUGAUCCACAAAACAGGGAAGUGAAAGCCCUACAUAAGACUCUGAAACAGAUGCAGAUUGAGAGCAAUAAAAGAGAUGCAAAGCUCUUUGGUAACAUGUUCUCACGGAUGAGGAAGGAUGAAUGUAUGGGAUCAAAGAAGUUGAAGUUGGAAAGCCAGGAAAAGGAGAAGGGAAAGGAAGGUGCAGUAUCAAUGGACAUGGAAACACCUUCAAUUAGCACAGCACAGCCUUGUGAUGCAAUGUGGGUAGAUUCCUCGUAAACCUUAUAGCAAAUCAACACAACGUUUGUCUGUCUUGCUACACCUUUGGAGCUUGAUUUGCACCUAAUUUGUGUGUGUAGGGGUGUAUGUGUGUGUGCGUGUGAGAGAGAGAGAGAGAGAGAGCUGUUGGCAGUUAUAAAGAUAGUUGUCAUAUUUUGGUACCAAUGACAUGUGUGAGUGAGUGUGUAUGUAUGUGUGUAUGUGUGUUUGUGUGUGUGUAACGAUAAAAAUAACCAUGUGUGUAAUGAUAAACAUAACCGUUGUUUUUCUUUUGAAAAUGAGUAUUACCUUUUAGUGA